ACGGGAAGCCCGGGCUGCCGGCCUCGAGGACCUGGACCGAGGAGGAGCGGGAGCGCCGAGCCGCGAGCCCGGCGCCCGGCUGAGCCGAUGUCUAUGAGGAGCCCCGGCUCUGCCCAGCUGGUCCUGGAUGAAGUUGGCACCAUGGUGAACUGUUCUGUCAAGGCAGAGGGGAAGAAGGAGCCCUGUUACGAGGACCCCCAAGGCUCGGCCACUGCAGCUGAAUUGCAGCCUGGAGACCCAGCCCGCCCCGCCCAGAAUGGUGCUGACCUGCAAGCUCCAGCCCAGGACAGCAGCUCCCUGGAGAACAGUGGGUCCCCGGAACCCAGGAGAUCAGGAGGUUCCGAGGCUGCUUCUGGAAGCCAGGAGAAGCUGGACUUCAACAGAAAUUUGAAAGAAGUUGUGCCGGCCAUCGAGAAGCUGCUAUCCAGUGAUUGGAAGGAGAAGUUCCUGGGAAGGAGCUCUGUGGAAACCAAAGAUGUCAAAGGGACCAAGGAGAGCCUGGCGGAGAAGGAGCUGCAGCUUCUGGUCAUGAUCCACCAGCUGUCCGCCCUGCGGGACCAGCUCCUGACAGCGCACUCGGAGCAGAAGAACAUGGCCGCGAUGCUCCUGGAGAAGCAGCAGCAGCAGAUGGAGCUGGCCCGGCAGCAGCAGGAACAGAUCGCUAAGCAGCAGCAGCAGCUGAUCCAGCAGCAGCACAAAAUCAACCUCCUGCAGCAGCAGAUCCAGCAGGUCAACAUGCCUUACGUCAUGAUUCCAGCCUUCCCCCCAAGCCACCAACCUCUGCCUGUUACCCCCGACUCCCAGCUGGCUCUGCCCAUUCAGCCCAUCCCCUGCAAGCCAGUGGAGUAUCCGCUGCAGCUACUGCACAGCCCCCCCGCCCCAGUGGUGAAGAGGCCUGGGCCCUUGUCAGCCCACCACCCCCUGCAGGAACCCUCCCAACCGCUGAACCUCACGGCCAAGCCCAAGGCUUCGGAGCUGCCUAAUUCCUCCAGCUCCCCCAACCUGAAGCUGAGCAACUGCGGACCACGUCCCCCAAGCCACGGGGCCCCCACGCUGGACCUGCAGGCCAACCCCCCUAGCCUGCCUUUGGGCUUCCUCGGUGAAGGGGACGCCGUCACCAAAGCCAUCCAGGAUGCCCGACAGCUGCUGCAUGGACACAGCGGAGCCUUAGACACUUCCCCCAGUGCCCCCUUCCGUAAGGACCUCAUUAGCGUGGACACAUCUCCAGCCAAGGAGCGGCUGGAGGACAGCUGUGUGCACCCACUGGAAGAAGCCAUGCUGGGCUGUGACAUGGACGGCUCCCGCCACUUCCCUGAGUCCCGGAACAGCAGUCACAUCAAGCGGCCCAUGAACGCCUUCAUGGUGUGGGCCAAGGACGAGAGAAGGAAGAUCCUCCAAGCCUUCCCAGAUAUGCACAACUCCAGCAUCAGCAAGAUCCUCGGCUCCCGCUGGAAGUCCAUGAGCAACCAGGAGAAACAGCCUUACUACGAGGAGCAGGCCAGACUGAGCAGGCAGCACCUGGAGAAGUACCCCGACUACAAGUACAAGCCGCGGCCCAAGCGCACCUGCAUCGUGGAGGGCAAGCGGCUGCGGGUGGGCGAGUACAAGGCUCUGAUGAGGACACGGCGCCAGGAUGCCCGCCAGAGCUACGCGACCCCCCCGCAGACCGGCCAGAUGCAGAUGAACCCCUCAGAAGCCCUGUACCCGCGGGUGGCAGGCGUGCCCCUGGCGCAGCCCCUGGUGGAGCACUGUGUGCCCCGCGGCCUGGACCCGAACAUGCCAGUCAUCGUCAACACCUGCAGCCUCAGGGAGGAGGGCGAGGGCGCAGAGGACAGGCACUCGGCGGCUGACGGCGAGAUGUACCGGUACAGCGAGGACGAGGACUCGGAGGGCGAGGAGAAGAGCGACGGGGAGCUGGUGGUGCUCACGGACUGAUCCUGGCGGCCCGGGCCUGGCCCUCCUCCCCGUGGAGACCUGGGCACAGCCACCCCACCCACUGGUACUUGGACUCGGGCCUGCCGGAAGAUGGGCACAGCUGUGCGUGUGCAGAUGCAUGCGCGAUGGGAGAUGACCCCUCCGCACACUCCUUGUGGGCACACCGAGGUGCUGGUGGCCUCUGGGGCUCCUGCUCGGUGGUGAUGGGCUGGGCUCGCUGAGCUCCACUGGGGCGCUUGGGGCUCGUGGCCAGGGGACACUGUGUGACUCUCCCCUCCUGCAGGUCUGCCCGUCCUGGGGGUAUGGCAGCUACAGACCUGUUCCUCUAGGGCCACAGUUUUUCAUUUCCAUUCUUGUUCUGGCUGGACCAGCCACCGUGGGACCAAUCUGUACCCCAGCAUCACCACCACAGUACCCCAGAUGACUCCUGGAACUACCAGGAUCACUUUGUGCACAAAGGUCUGGCUGUCCUUGCCGUCUUUACCUUCUGCCAAGCCUUUCGUGUCUCUGGCUGCUGCGUGUGCACGUGUGUCUGCGCGUGCGCGUGUUUUCGUCUGUUCUUGCAUCGCAUGAGGUAUUUAUUGAGUGCCAGGGGCCGCGGCUGAGCUCCCGCGGCUGUGUCUCCCGGUGCCGUUCUUGCUCCUCUAGGGGGCGCUCUGUGCUUCUCUUCGUCCCCGAAUUGCUACCUCUCCACGUCAGUCUGGGCGUCUCAGGUUCUGUGUGUCCUUAGUGCAUUUCUGUCCUUGCCUCUUCGCAGGGCCUGUUUGUGUCUCUCCCUUCCCCAGUGCCUGCCCUUGCUCCUGUGGCACCCGCUGGGUCUCUGCAGGCCCGUCUGACCCCGGUCCCCGGGCAUCCCGCUCCUGCCCACUCUGUCACUGUGUCCCUGAGCCCCCUGUAAGCUCCCCUGGAGCCACUUCUAGCUCCCGCGGCUGGGGACGUACUGGCCUCCAGAGGGCCCUGUCCUAUUGCUCAGCCCCGUCCCAACCAGAGUGCCAGGAGCGGGGCGGAGCUCUGGCGGUGCCCCUGCUGGAAGCGGCAGGAGCCUGGGAGGGCUCUCGAGGCCGCGGGGCUGCACGCCCCUCGGGAGCCGGGCGGGCUCCGUAUUCCGGGGGGCUUCAUCCUCUCCCCCUGUCCCCCGCCUGCCGCUCCCCUCCCCUGCCCCACGCCACACCGGGAACUUGCCUGGGUCCUGGUGGUCCCUUUCACAGAGGCUUUCCCCAAGAAAAUCAGAUCCUGAUGGCACCUGACUCCAAAGAUCCGGAACAGCCCUGGGCAGGGUGGGGAGGGAACCCACACCCCACAGGGACAGAUGUGGAGUUUGCGUCUGUUCCCCCAUCUUCCCCCUUCUCCUGCCCCACACCCAGCUUUUCUCCAGCUGUUUCUUUUUUUUAUGACUGUAAACAUAGAUAGUGCUUUAUUUUGUUAAUAAUAAGAUAAUGAUUAGUAACUUAACCAGCACAUUUCUCCUGUUUACACUUGGGGGGAUUUUUUUGUGUUUCGUUGAUAUAAUAAAGACAGACCGUCUCAGAA